AUGGGGCGCGUUGUGCAGCAGAUUGGUGCGCGCGCGCUGCACCCACAUCAGCGGCGGCCGCCGGCGUCGCCCUACGUACCCGUCAGGAGUAAAUCUAGUGAGAUUGACUGGAGAGACGCGGUGAGCGAGGCAGAGAGAAUCGUCGGGUAUCCGACUUCGUUUCUUAACUUGCGAUGGCUUUUCAACGAUGAAAUAGCCAACACUGCAAUUCAUUUGAGGAAAUUGGUGGGAACAAACCAUCCCCUUCUAAAACAAGCAAAGAACCUUUUGAUCGGUUCAAAAAGCAACCUGCAAUCUGUCGGACUUAUCAUUCUGCUAGUCUCAAAAGCGGCAGGCUUCAACGACAAGGAUUAUACUGGAGACCAUUACGAUUCUGGAGUUCUACAUGCCCAAAGAGCUGUUGCUGAAAUAGUCGAGAUGAAAAGGACUGGCCACAUGAUUCAUAAGACAAUGGCCAAUUUGCAGCAGAAGGAGAAAUAUGGGAAUAAGUAUAAGGACCUGCUUUAUGGAAACAAGAUUGUUUUGUUGACUGGCGAUUAUCUCCUUGCCACAUGUCUGCAACAACUUGGCGGAUUACGCAAUAACGAAGUGACAGAACUCAUCUCCACGGGUCUAAGAGACUUGGUUGAGGGAGACUUUUUGGGAGAGCAUGAUAAGGAGAAUAAUCCACUACCUUCUCAGCCUAAAUGUCUCAACGAGGACGAAGCAAGGCACUACAACUGGGAAAGCGAGAACAACCUGAACAAACUAGGUUCAAACGACUUUCUCGGGCAGGGGAAGGACGAGUGGAAACUAAGAACCAUGCUAACCUCUGGUAGCAUUUUAGGUAAAGGUUGCCAAGCAGCAAUGAAAGUGGCUCGUCGCGGGGAACAAAUGGAAAAAGAGGCUUACGUUCUCGGUGGACACCUAGCGUUGCUCUGGCAACUAUAUUUGGAUGUAAAAGAUUUCUUCACUCACCCAUAUUCGUAUUCUCUUGUCGGAGCUCCGGUAGUGAUUGCUAUGUGGGAGUACCCCAAUGUAUACGGGCAUAUAGUCGAAUCCAAGAUAAAAGGAGAACCUAUAAAUUUCAAGCAGUUGUAUUACGCCGUACGCAGCACUCGGUGUAUGGAUUACUUGACUGAGUUUAUGGAUGAGGAAUUGGAGGCUAUCAUGAGGAGUACGGAAUCUUUUGAAGUGGAAGACGCAAGAUUAGCACUACAAAAGAUGGCCAAAACUGUUCACACGGAGUGCUUGCAGUACAUUGAACGUAUAUAGUGUAAAAAAAAUGAUAUAAAGCAGGGUUUCUUAAGCCGUGAUCCAUGGACUACUAAGGGGUCCAUGUAAUGAACGCCGGGGGUCCAUGGCGAGCCUACCUAAUAUAAUGGAACAGUAACCGUCACUAUUCAUAUGUAAUUAAGUAAAGUUUAAUAACAAAGAUUUUUUUGAAAAAUUUUUUUUCGGAAAGGGUGCAUGGGCUCUUCGACAUUUUGAGAUGACUAGAAAAGGUUAA